AUGAUUAAUUAUAGGCAUCAUAUUGAUGAUGUAUCUUAAUUCAUACAUAUAUAUUUCCAUUAUAGAAAUAGAGUGGCUUAUUAUUUAAUUGGUUAAUUAAUAUAUAAAUUCUAUUCUAGUAAGUUUGAAUAAUUUUUGGAGAUAUAUUUAUUUACGAUAUUAAUCUCAUUAAAUGUGAGAUAAUAAAAUUAAUAGAUGAAUUUAUCACUCCUGUCAUUUAAGCCUUCAAUAGAAUACAAUUUGGUCUACAAUAAAGAGAAAGGACUAAUAAAAAACGCAUUCAAAUAUUUUAAUAUUUUUGUGAUACCUAGGCUUGAUCAAACUUCUUAAUCAAUAUCACCUAUAGGAAAUAUAAAAGCAAAGUUUUUCAGUUCUCAUCUUCAUUAUUCUAUAUUUCAUUUGAAUAUUAGUUUAUGGAAUAAAAAUCAAAUUAAUAAACAGAAUGAAGAUUAAAUUAUUGAUCAAUAAUACUAGCAGCAAAGUAGUCUAUGUUUCAAUUUCUUCAAAUUGAAAAAUCAUUCAAAAAAGGAACUUCUAUAUAAGAUAAUAUUAUAGACUUCUUAAGUCAUUAUUAUUUAAUUAUUCAAAAAUUACUUGGGCUUCAUUAAUAAUGAUCAAUACAUGCAAUAUAUGAGAAAGAGCAAAAAUUAAUAUUUAAUAAAUGAAUAAAUGUAACUAGUUUAAUAUCAUUACUUAAAAUAAAUAUCAAAAAGGUUGAGAAAAUUGGUAAUUAAUGUUUAAGUUAAGUAUCAUAUUGAUUAUGCAUUUAUUUGAUUGAUUUCAUAAGUAGAUUUAAUGAAUUUCAUUUAAAUUAAGAAAAUAUCUAAGAUGUAGAUGCUAAUAAGUAAAAUCAUAAAGAUCAUUAUUUAAUGAUCAAUUAAAUGUCUAAACUCAACUCUAUGAGACUUAGUUGAGUUAUCCACCUACUUUUAGUUUAGAAAUUGAGCUUUUUAGAAUUGGAGAUCUUUUGAUUGACUUGUAGUUUAAAUUAGUA